GAGGGCGGUACACACCUGUGGGGAUUAAAAGUCAUAAAGCCAAGACGACAGAAAAUCUCAAUAUUUAUAAUAAUUCAGGACAAUGUUCACAUCGAUGUUUUUCUCAUUACUUGUUUAUUUCCUUUCAGGAACUCUCUGUUCUGCUCUCGUUGUUCAUGGUGGACAUGACCAUAACCACGGUGGUCAAGAUGUGCACGGACACGGUGGUCAAGAUGUGCACGGACAUGGCGCUCAUGAUACGCAUGGACAUGGUGGUCGGGAGGUGCAUCGCCAAAGUGGAUAUGGCGGUCAAGAAGUGCAAUGGUUCACGGAAGUCGGCCCUGAUGGAAUACCACGUGAAGUACAGUUAACCAUGGACGAAGUCCAGCGACGUCUUCGAGACCAACAAGCUCGUGGAAUCACUGACACAAAGUACUAUGGAGAAAAUGGUUUAGUGACGAUAGACAGGGGGCAUUUGAGGCCCGGGGAAUUGCUUCCCGGUCCUGUCGAUCCAUGGGUCUCGGCAACCUUUGAGGAAGAGAAAAGAAGGUUGGAACUGGAAAGACUGAGAAAGGAAAGACUAGAACAGGAAAGACGAAUAAAGGAGCUGGAAAAACGUCUGGCUAACGAGAGAAGACAGAACUCAAAUAGGAGAAGGCCAACUAUUAGGAGACCUAAUCGAGUAAAUAAUCGAAAUCGAUUGAAUAUUCGCAGAACAACUGGAGGAAAUACUCGCAGACGAACUGAGGGAAAUACACGCAGACUAACUGGCGGAAAUACUCGAGGAAGAUCUUCCUCACGUGGACGAGGUACUAUACGCGGGAGAGCACCAGGCAGAAGAAGAAAUGUACAAGAAAAGAAGCCUGAAAAGAAAAAAGACAAAAAAGAAAGUAAGAGACCCGGGGGUUUAAUUUCGCGCUGGAUCGAAUCCAACCGGAAGCUGAUGGAUAAAGUAACCGAUAGAAAGCCAAGGGGUUUCUUAUCGGGUUUAUUGUUUGGAUAAACAACAACAGAAAGGUCAUAAAAUGAAAACAUUUGAGCAAUGAUUUUAAAAAAGGACACCAGGAAAGAUAUUAUUUAUUGUUAUCCAAGUUGAAUUUCCUAAAUAUCUUUCACUUUUUAUGAAUAAGGGAUUGAUUAGUAAAUAUUUUGGUAAAUGAACGCAUUUUUAUUUAAGAACAAUUGAAUACAAAACAAAUAACAUGUAAUUCAAUUAUUUAUAUUUUUUUGUAUUUUAUGAGCUAACUGUGAAAGACAAAAUUGCAUGGGAAUUGUCGAGUUACAGACAAUCAAAAGUGGAGAUGUUCAUGUUCAUUGGUAAAAUCUUCUUGUCAAAAGUACCUUUUAGAAUGUUAGGAAUCGUAGUGAUUAUUGUUAGUACAAUGAACAAAAAUUGAUUCGGUAGGUCUCUGUUAAAAAUAUAAGACAAAUGUUUAUAUACUAGAGGAUCGAGAAAUUCAAAUGCCAUUCUGCAUAAAACAUGUGAUAUAAAAUAAAGAAAUCAUUCUAGAUUCGUGUAGGUAUGAAAAAAAUUAGCAAUGAAAAUAACUCUUGAUUCCUUCUAAAAAUAACAUUUUCCGUAGGAAUUAAGUUACCGACAUUGAAUUUACGCGCCCUAGUGGAAUGAAAGAAAAAUCACGUCAGAAUAGGCCAAAAAGAAACUGCAGUAAAUAAGAGUUUUAUUAGGACGCAAAAAGAGAUGUAAAGACAAUCAGAAAUAUCUUUGGUCCUGAUCUUGUUCCAGAUAUACCCAAAUUUUAAAAAAAAAACUUCCCAUAUCAACGACAAACUUUUCUAUAGAUAGAAAAUUAACAAGAUUGCUUUUUAAAAAAAACUUUGCCGUCUUUAGCAAUAAUCUUAAACAGUGAAUUGACAUACACCUCUCAGUCUGUAUUAUCCUUGAGCAGUUCUUGGCUUUGAAUAAUUUCUUUAUCAGCUCUUUACAGACAUAAGAGUAGUCACAAACACAAAGUAACAAGACUUUAAAUGUUUGCACGCAAUAAAGAACACAUAUCUGUUAACCUUGAAAAUACAGAAACACUUUUUAACAAUUGCUAAAAAAAAAUUAAAAAGUCAUAAAUUGCAAUUUCUUUUGUUCGUUUUAUUUUAAAGGGAUUUUAAUUACAUGGAUUAUAUUUUGAUCUGUAAAAUGAUUCCCUAAAAUAUUGAUUAUUCAUUUCGAAUAUAGCAACAUUGUGUCAUGUGUACUUUUUCGCUUGAAUACACAUUUCCCUUUCUGUCAGGACUAUUUGUCUUGGCGCUUCAAAGGUGAAAGAUGAAAGUUUUUUUUUAAAAUGUUUUGUUUAUUAUAAUGUUUAAAGUUUGUUUAUUCCCUUUUUGAAUAUUGAAUAAUAAAAAGUUUACAGAU